CUUAACGGUCACACUGGCGGCCAGCUGGAUGCGCUUGUAAUCGAUAUCGAUUCUCCGCCCAGUACUUGGGGCCAAAUAAAAAACACGGCAGUUUCAUUCGGAUUGUGCAUUUUCCGUUUGCCUAUAUAAUCAACUACGUACGCGGUGUGAAUUAAACCACAUCGGGACUAGCGCGAUGCCAUAGAAUCCUCGACGGACGAGGCACAUUCACUGCAUAAACAAUUCGCACGGAGUGAAGUGAAGUGGAGCCAAAGUCGCACAGGGUGUUCCCUGCCAAAAUGGGUCGUCACAACUUCAGUUCGCAGCACCAGCAGACUCAUGUGAGGCGCCACCGCAAUGCUGGCGGUGCCACAGCAAAAUCACCAAACGCAGCCAAACCUUCGCCAACGAUGACGGACUACCUGUCGCUGCACUCGCGACUCGCCCAGGUGGGCCAGGAGCACCUGCUCAAGUUCUGGCCGGAGCUAACGAAUGACGAACGCAUCGAUCUGGUGCGGGACAUCGAGGAGUUGAAUCUGGACGAGAUCAAGCUGUAUUUCGACCGCGCCACGGUCUCAAUGAACGAGAAUGGCAUCAAGCUGGACGAUCGCCUGCAGCCGCUGCCCGAGGGCAAGCUGAUCUCCAUUGCCAGGGCGCCGCUGGAGAAGUUGGACGCCUACCGGGACGAGGGUCUCCUCCAGAUCAGCAACGGACAUGUCGCUGUGCUGCUAAUGGCAGGCGGACAAGGCACACGACUUGGCUUCGAUCAUCCCAAGGGAAUGUACGAUGUGGGACUGCAGUCCCGAAAGACUCUGUUCCGCAUUCAGGCCGAGCGAAUCCUGAAGCUGGAGGAGCUCGCCCAAGAGGCGAAUGGGAAACGUGGACACAUCACUUGGUACAUCAUGACGUCGGAGCACACGGUGCAACCCACAUACGACUACUUUGUGGCCAACAACUUCUUUGGCCUGAAGGCGGAGAACGUGCUGCUGUUCGAGCAGGGAUCACUGCCGUGCUUUGAAUACGAUGGACGCAUCAUUCUGGACGAAAAGCAUCGGGUGGCGCGUGCGCCGGACGGCAACGGAGGAAUCUAUCGGGCUAUGAAGCGCCAGGGGAUACUGGACGAUAUGCAAAAGCGCGGUGUCUUAUAUCUGCAUGCCCAUAGCGUGGACAACAUCCUGAUCAAGGUGGCCGAUCCCGUCUUUAUCGGCUACUGCGUGCAGGAGAAGGCCGACUGCGCCGCUAAGGUGGUGGAGAAGGCGGCUCCCAACGAGGCUGUGGGCGUGGUGGCCAUUGUCGAUGGCAAAUACCAGGUGGUGGAGUACAGCGAAAUCUCGGCCAAAACAGCCGAGAUGCGCAAUUCGGACGGCAGGCUGACCUUCAGUGCUGGCAACAUAUGCAAUCACUUCUUCAGCUCGAACUUCCUGCAGAAGAUUGGCAGCACAUUCGAGCAGGAGCUGAAGCUGCACGUGGCCAAGAAGAAGAUUCCCUUCGUGGACAACGCCGGCAAGCGGCUAACCCCUGACAAGCCGAACGGCAUCAAGAUAGAGAAGUUUGUCUUUGACGUCUUCGAGUUCGCCCAGAAGUUCGUGGCCAUGGAAGUGCCACGCGACGAAGAGUUCAGCGCGCUGAAGAACUCCGAUGCAGCUGGCAAGGAUUGCCCCAGUACUGCCCGCUCGGACCUCCAUCGCCUGCACAAGAAGUAUAUCGAAGGCGCCGGUGGCAUCGUGCAUGGCGAAGUCUGCGAGAUCUCGCCCUUCGUCACCUACGCCGGCGAGAAUCUCGCCUCGCAUGUGGAGGGCAAGUCGUUCACCAGUCCCGUCUACCUGCGGGACAGCCGCGAUCCCUUGCACGGACACCUCUAAGAUGGAGGGCAUCUGCAUGGACGCAUAGACUGAUGGACGGAUAGUAGUCGUUUCGGUUAUUUGUAAAUCUUUCGUAUAGCGUUGCUGAACGUUAUGAUUCCCCAAACUGUAGUUAGAGCACGGAAAUUCCAUAGAUUUCAGUACUUAAAGGAGACUUGUAAAAAUUUGUUACCUAUUGUGUCCGUUGAUUUAUUUUUCGUUUUUGAAAUAAUUGUGCAAUCGUAAUGUGAAUAUAUACAAUAUAUAGAACAUGUAAUGAUAUGAAUAUUUUAAUAUGUUGUAAAAUACAAAAAUUAUUAGUACGGCCAAGCGACUGAAUUUUCACUUCUUGGCCAAUCAAUAGUUCCUUUGCAGAUAUACUCUAGACCAAUCCCAUGUUUGAACAAGUGUCGUUCCCUAUUUACAAGGUUGUUAAAUAGAUAUCAGGAAAAUGUCUUGUUGGAUGGACUAAUCAUAUAAAAGCAAUUACUGGGCAAACAAACCUCAUUCAGUCUUGUUUUCUUGUCAACUCGAGUACGCAGUUCUGAAGGAAAGAGUUACCUUAGCUAUGUUUUGCUCAAAAGUCAUCAUUUUUGUAGCCAGAGUUCAGAAUAUAUUAUCUAUCUAUCUGAUUAUGUAACGCUCUUGUUUUCUUAUAAAAUCGACAUAUUAUAUAGACGUCAGAGCUCAUAUGCUUCAAACCAGUUCUAAUUUGCAUUAAUUACCGAUGGACCACUUGUAAUAUAUUGAGUAGGUUGGCUAUUAAUGAAUAGUAUGUUUUAGACUAGGGAUCUACAUUAAACUAGAUCAAGCUAUUCAGGAAUAUUCUUAAAAAUAGUAUUAAAAAAGCUUAACGAGCUUUGCUACUUUCCAUUAAAGAUAUUUUAUUCAUGUACAUAUAUUAAUAUAGUUCACCAUUAUAACUCCCCCCUUUUCAUAUUUUUAUACUUAAUAGACCCAUUUCCGCAACAAUAAACAAAAAGGGCCGACUGCAAUCAGUGCGUGAACAAUUGCUAUUGCUUUUCCAUUUAAUUGGAACAACCUAAUUAUGCUGCAUGUUUAAAUUUUCCGCCAAGAACUGGAAAACUCAGUCACACUAUUCUGCUCUACGGUAACACUUGAAGCGUGAACACUUUUUAAAUAUUAGCAGCUGGUAUAUUGUAACGGUCGAGAAACGGUCACGCUGGAGCGAGCUGCAGGCAGUGGGUCGUCAAAAUUUUGUUGUUAAUCAAUAGCAAUUAGAUAAUAAGUGAAAUAAUGCUCAGACAACUGACACGGUCAAUGGGCCUGACCUCGCGGCUGCUCAGGCAGGUCAACUAUGGCACAAGUGCCCCAGCUGGCACCCACAUUCCCGUGACCAAGGCUCUGGAAAUUGGCCAGUGGGAGGAAAAGCUCAAGGCCGCCGGCGUCGAGGACACGAAGUUCAACGUGAAAUGCAUCGUGUCGCAUGUCCUGAAGCAGAAGUUUAGUGCUGUUCCUGACUCAUAUGACCAGCUGCAGCUAAAUCCCGGCCAGCUGGCGGACCUCGAGCGCUUUUCUUAUAAAAUCGACAUAUUAUAUAGACGUCAGAGCUCAUAUGCUUCAAACCAGUUCUAAUUUGCAUUAAUUACCGAUGGACCACUUGUAAUAUAUUGAGUAGGUUGGCUAUUAAUGAAUAGUAUGUUUUAGACUAGGGAUCUACAUUAAACUAGAUCAAGCUAUUCAGGAAUAUUCUUAAAAAUAGUAUUAAAAAAGCUUAACGAGCUUUGCUACUUUCCAUUAAAGAUAUUUUAUUCAUGUACAUA